CAAUAUUGUUAUGAAUAUGAACGAUUAUUGAAUAAACGAAAAGCUUGUUAUAAUAAUUAUCUUACUAAAUGUAGAGAAAAUUUAAAAAGCCACAAAACAUAUAAUAAUCCAACGUCAUAUCAGUCUGAAGUGGACACAAUUCAAAGAAUAACAAAAAAGAAAUAUAAAUGUAGUGACAAUGAUUGCACAAAAGAUGGCAACGUACAUUUAGAAGCAUUUUUUGAUCCUAAAAAACUUUCUACAAAUAAAAUAUAUUGUUGUGGAUGUCUAAAUAAUCCUAGAGAUAUAUUAAAUAUAUUUGGAACAAAAAAUAAUAAAUCCACUUAUAUUGAUGCGAUAUUAAACAAAUUGAAAAUAUGUGCAACAAAAGAUGACUAUUUAGAUGGAGCUAGAAAUGGUCAAAUCUCGAGUAAGGGAAAAUUGUCAGAAAUAUGUAAUAUAAAUUAUAGUAAUUCUAAUUUGCGAGGUACGGGAACGUGUACUGGGAUGCCAUGUGAAAACUAUUACAAAAACGUAAAACAAUGGAUAUGUGGUUCUACAAAAGGUACAUCUGGCGAACAAUUAAAAAAUGGAUGGAAUGAUGGAACAGGAAGUGCCUGUUUACCUCCAAGAACACAACGGUUAUGUCUAGGAAGAAUAUAUUCUAAUAAUUGCACAGAAAAAGGUAUUGAACAUAUUUACACUAAUGAACAAUUAUUGACUGAAUUAAUUAUUGCAGCAAAAUUUGAAGGGGCAGAAUUAUAUGCUAAAUAUAUAACUGAUGAUAAAAAUAAUAGUAGAACAUCUUACGAUAAAAUGGACAGAUUAUGUAAUGCUGCAAAAUACAGUUUUGCAGAUAUAGCAGAUAUAGUAAAAGGAACAAGCAUAUGGACAAGUAAUGAUACAGAUACAAUGGAAAAUAAUUUUAAAAUAAUGAUUUGGAAAUAUAUAUAAGAAAAUAGAUACAU